AUGGGCCCGGGUCCCUGCGCUGCCGCUGAGUGUGUUGGGCGUCAACAAACAACAAACACUGUAGAGGAGCCACUCGAUCUCAUCAGACUCAGUCUAGAUGAGCGAAUCUAUGUCAAAAUGAGGAAUGACAGAGAGCUUAGAGGCAGGCUACAUGCAUAUGAUCAGCACUUAAAUAUGAUUUUGGGUGAUGUGGAAGAAACUGUAACUACAAUAGAGAUUGAUGAAGAAACUUAUGAAGAAAUCUAUAAAUCUACCAAAAGGAAUAUUCCGAUGCUGUUUGUCAGAGGUGACGGCGUUGUGCUUGUAGCUCCCCCAUUGAGGGUUGGUUGAAGCAGCGAAGGAUUUAACCCUGUUGGAAAAUUUCAGGCUUUUGGACAUUGGUUCAUGUUUCAAUC